UACCAAGGAAAUCCGGAAGUAAACAACUGCGAACAAGGAGGGGACCGGUGUCUCGAUGGUUGGCGUCACAUAAAUAUUUCGUCUAAAUGCACGAUGACCACCAAGAGACUAGACGGCUUUGAGGUGUUCUGUGAAUGGGCGUCGUGCAGUUUCAGAGGGCGCGGCAUGGAGGAGCUGAGUGACCACAUGGCCGCUCAUCUGACAGAGUAUUUGGGCGACAAGGACGCCCUGGAGGAGCUGGACGAGUACGCUUGCCUGUGGAAAGGUUGUUUGUUUGUCUCCAUGGGCAGCCCGGCAGAGUUGGAGGCGCACGCGUACUUCCACAACUACCAUGCCAAGCUCAAGUACGCGGGCUCGCAGCUGCUCCAGUCCCGCCCGGACCUGCCCGCCUGCAGCCAGGCCGUGCACAGCAACAACCAGCUGCCCGACGGCUCCAACAGACACAUCUGCCAAUGGGAGAACUGUGACAGCUCAUUUCUCAAUCCCGAGUGGUUCUACCGCCACGUGGAUAAUCACAUUGAAAGUGCCGAGCAGCAGUCGCUCUCGUCUCAACAGCAGGCUCUCCUAUGCCGCUGGUCAGGCUGCGACGCCUACUUCAAGAUCCGCUACCGUCUGAGAGAACACAUGCGCAGCCACACGCAAGAAAGACUGGUGGCCUGCCCCACCUGCGGCAGCAUGUUCUCCAGCAACACCAAGCUCUACGACCACCUGCACAGGCAGGCCCAGCCCGUGGAAUCGUUGGUUUGCGAGCACUGCGGCAAAGCCUUUUCCAGCGAGAGACUGUUGAGGGAUCACGUACGACAGCACGUGAAUCAGGUCAAGUGUCCUUUCUGCGACAUGACGUGCACCACACUGCCCGCCCUGAAGAUCCACAUCAGGUUCCGACACUGCGACGAGCGCCCCUUCCCUUGCGACUUCUGCGAUAAAAGGUUCAAGAACCAGCGAGACCUCCAGAAGCACACGGACGUCCACAACGAGGGUUCGGUGUUCCAUUGCUCCGUGGAAGGCUGCGCGUAUUCCUGUCAGACUUUCCCGACCAUGAACCAACACUUCAAGCGGGUGCACGAGGCGGGGGGCAUGUCCAAGUAUAAAUGUCACCUUUGUGACAAGGUGUUCUCCUGGUGUUACACGCUCACUCUUCACCUCCGAAAGAAACAUGAACUCAAGUGGCCUUCAGGACAUUCGCGAUUCAGAUAUAGGAAGGACGUGGACGGCUACCUGAAGCUGAACAUGGUGCGCGUGGAGACGGAGGAGGUGACCAAAGAAAUCAUGAAGAACAUGAACAAGAAAGCCGUCAGCCUUCGCAAGAGUCAACGAAGCCGCGGCGAGAGGGCCCCAGUCGCGCCCGACAGCGGACACUGCACCCCGCCGUUGUCCACCUCUUCAUCGUCCUCUUGCUCCUCCUCGGAGGAGCCGUCGGCUCAGUCUAGCCCCCAGCAAGGCGAUGACUCCCCCGUCUACUGCGUGAUGAGCACCAUUCCGCACAUCGAGGAUGAACCUGGCGGAAGCACCGAGCAGGAGGCCAACCCAAGCGGGACGUCAGGAGCCGUGCGGGCCCUCACCAUGGUGGCCAGGGGCCUCGGCAUGGAUGUAGUGUGAAAAAUAGCAUUUUUAGUGGAACCUCAUUUUUUUGUUUUCAUAUGUUGACUUGAAUUUGAAUCGUUUUAGAUUUGAAAUGAGAAAUGAAAUGAAAUUUAAACAUAGAAGUAUGCGUCUUUUAGAUUUCCGCCUUUUAUAAGCACAUGUAAUGUGGUUGACUUAUCAUAUCUCGUUUAAUAAACAUGGGAAUUUUUAAA